CAUCAAUCAGAGAAUGAUUCUCUUUACCCCAUCUCCAUUCUACUCAUUAUAUAUACAACCAUGUUUCAUUAGCUCCACCAUUGAAACACCACUCACCACUUCUUCUACCCAGCUUCACCCCUCUGGAGUAGUAAACCAAAAAACCCACAUACCACAACUUCUUAAAAGAGGGGGAAAAGGAAAUGGUGAAAUUCUCCAAGCAGUUUGAGGGUCAGCUUGUUCCUGAGUGGAAAGAAGCAUUUGUUGAUUACUGGCAACUCAAGAAAGACCUUAAGAAGUUCUAUCACCAUGAUCACCAUGAUCACCAUAAUCACCACACCACCACCAUAACUUCACCAAACAACUACAGAAACAGCAGCAAUGGCAUUAGCAGCAACAACUUGGUUACCAAGUUGGUUGCUUCUCUAAAGAAACUCACUCAUACUUUUGCCCAUGGACAUAGAGAGCAGCACCACAGCCAUGGAGCCAUUCAUGUUCACAAGAAGCUGGCCUCCACACUCAGCAAAGGCGACACGUACGAGACCGAAUUGCUGGAUCAGUUUGAAGAUAGUGUUGCUGUGAAGGACUUCUUUGCCUGCCUUGAUUUGCAGCUCAACAAAGUGAACCAAUUCUUCAAGUCGAAAGAGAAGGAGUUUGUGGAGAGAGGGGAAUGCCUCAAGAAACAAAUGGACAUUCUCAUUCAUCUCAAGGCUGCCCUUAAAACCCACCACAACAAGAGUUCUUCUCUGCCUCAGGAUUCUAAGGAUGAUCCUUCCAUUUCCUGCACAAUUUGCUGUGAAGGAGAAGAAGAACAAGAAGAAGAGAAGGAGCCAGAGGAAAAUGAGUCAGAGAAGGCUAGUGGUGAUGAAGCAGUGGACUCUCCAAGAAUGAAGAGAGAAGAUAUGAAGAUGAGAACCAUAUCGGGGCGGGUUUUCAGCUGCAAAGGCAAGAACUUGAGGCUCAACAUUCCAUUGACAACACCUCUGCGCACUUUCUCUGCAAUCAGCUAUCUGGUUUGGGGAGAUAAUUCGAUGUCUUCGAAGAAAUGCAACCCUGAAGGAAGCAGGCUUCCUGUUCACAUCAACAAGACAAAGUUGCAUCAUGCUGAGAAGAUGAUUAGGGGAGCUUUCAUUGAGCUCUAUAAAGGCCUUGGUUACCUCAAGACUUACAGGAACUUGAACAUGCUAGCUUUCAUCAAGAUUUUGAAGAAGUUUGACAAGGUGACUGGCAAACAAGUACUUCCAAUCUACCUCAAAGUUGUUGAAAGCUCAUACUUCAACAGCUCUGACAAGGUGAUGAAUCUAGCAGAUGAAGUUGAAGAACUGUUUGUGAAGCAUUUUGCUGAAGAAGACAAAAGAAAAGCCAUGAAAUAUCUUAAGCCACAGCAGCGCAAAGAAUCACAUAGUGUCACAUUCUUCAUUGGACUAUUCACUGGGUGCUUCAUUGCCCUCCUAGCUGGAUAUGUAAUCAUGGCUCAUGUCACCGGAAUCAUGUUCAGCCUCAUGUUCUUGCAUUUCUUCAUGUAUGGCUGCAACAUUUUGAUGUGGAAGAAAACAAGGAUCAAUUACGCCUUCAUAUUCGAGCUGGCACCAACCAAGGAUCUUAAGUACAGAGAAGUGUUCUUGAUCUGCACAGCUGCUAUGACUAUUGUUCUCGGAGUCAUGCUUGGUCACCUCGCCAUUCUUGCAAAGGGCUACUCCUAUUAUUCCCACAUUCAAGCCAUCCCGGGGCUUCUCCUUCUGGCUUUCCUUGGGUUAUUAGUUUGUCCUUUCAACAUCUUCUACAAGUCGAGUCGUUACAGAUUCCUCUGCGUCAUAAGGAACAUCGUUUUAUCACCACUCUACAAGGUUGUCAUGCUGGAUUUCUUCAUGGCAGAUCAACUCUGUAGCCAGGUGCCAAUGCUAAGGAACCUGGAAUAUGUAGCAUGCUACUAUAUAACAGGAAGCUACAAAAACCAAGACUAUAACUACUGCAUGAAGACCAAGUAUUACCGCGAUCUUGCUUAUGCAGUCUCCUUCCUACCCUACUACUGGCGAGCCAUGCAGUGUGCAAGGAGAUGGUUCGAUGAAGGGGAGACAAGCCACCUAGUAAAUCUAGGCAAGUAUGUAUCAGCAAUGUUAGCAGCAGGAGCCAAAGUGGCUUAUGAGAAAGACAGCAGCGUCGGAUGGCUAUGUGUUCUUGUUGCCAUGUCGAGUGCUGCAACUAUUUACCAGUUGUAUUGGGACUUUGUAAAGGACUGGGGCUUGCUCCAGAUGGACUCCAAGAAUCCAUGGCUGAGGAACGAAUUGAUGCUGCGACGAAAAUUCAUUUACUAUUUCUCCAUGGGGUUAAACCUUGUUCUGAGGCUAGCUUGGUUGCAAACGGUUCUACAUUCGAGCUUCGAACAUGUAGAUUACCGGGUAACUGGACUCUUCUUGGCUGCUUUAGAGGUCAUCAGAAGAGGCCACUGGAAUUUCUAUAGGUUGAGAAUCUCACAGAAGGCAGUCGAACUGCAGCGCCGCUCUAGGCUACUGGUGGCUACUGCUGCGGCUGAGGAAGAUUCCGGGACCAAUUCGGAAGCUGAACCAAGCAAUUCUUCUGAUGGGGCUGCAACACUGGACAUAAAAUUGCCGAGGAGGAGUUUGCUUGUGCAAUUCACUUGCAAUGAUUGUGGUGAAAGAACACAAAGGCUUAUCAAUCGUCUGGCAUAUGAGAGGGGGCUUGUCUUUGUGCAGUGUGCAGGAUGUGAGCAGUAUCAUAAAUUAGCUGAUAAUCUUGGUCUCAUAGUUGAGUAUGAUCUACGGGAGGAGAUUAAGCCCGAACCAAAUGCAGAGGAAGUUUGAUAACCAAAAAUAGAUCUUGUACGUGCCUCGUUCUUCUCAUGUUUAUAAUGUAACGCGAGUAUUUAAUCUGCAUACUGGCAGAUCCAAGAAUUAAACAAUACAAAAAUGUGGAUACUGAGCUUGGACAGUUUUGAGGCUGUGCUCUUGCAUUACAGUUCCUAAUAACAUGAGAUAUUAUUUUGGUUUGCACACACAAAACAAUUUCCUUCCGAAGGAAAUAAAUCCAUGGCUCGCAAUCAUAAGCACCUCAAUGAUCUUUAGCUGCCUAGACUGCAGCAGCCAGCAGAAGUACCACAGCUAGUCCAGUUCUUGCCCACUUUGUUGUCAUUCUUCCCCUCAGAUACUGUGAAUCUUGCCCAUUCUGCAUUUGGUGAUGGAGCAGGAGCUAUGUCAUCAUCAGAAGAUGUCACGACAGGUGGGGAUGGCGGGCUAGGGGGCUUCGGGGCUGGAGCUGGGGCAUGAUGAUGCUUCUUAUGCUUGUGAGGCCUCUUCUUGUGCUUGUGUGCAGCUGGAGCAGGUGAAGGCACCGCCGAUAAUGGAGUUGGUGCUAGUGGUGGCAAAGGUGGUGGAGUCAGCGGUGCUGGUGCAGGAGCUGUGGUGGAGUCAGUGGUGCUGGUGCUGGCGCCGGUGGGGGAGGACUAACCGGGGCUGGUGCUGGAGCUGGUGGUGCCUUUGCAGGUGCCGGGGGUGGUGGUAAAGCCGGUGGUGGUGUUGCUGGUGCAAACACAGGCGCAAGCGACUGAGGAGGUGGGGCAGUUGGCGCGGCGACUGGUGCUGCCUUUGGAGAUGGUGGUGAGAUGGGAGUCAUUGCAGGGAUCGGUGACUGUGCCGGUACUGCUGGAGUUGACGGUGGUGGUGAUGAUGUCGUAGGGGGAGGAACGGUGGUUGUAGGCGGAGGAGUAAUAGGUAAGGUUGAAGGUGAUGCUGCUGGAGUCUGGCCAUUGACAAUGGCCAAGUGGAAACCACCAAGGCAACCCAAGAUGAAACCCCAGAAAAACGUUGAAGCCAUUUUGCUGUUGUGAUGAGAGAAUUCAGAGAGAGACCAGGUAGUGAAGGUUAUAUAAGACCAAACAUUGAAAAGAAUGUUUGGUGAAAGGUGGAGGGAGAGAUGUAGUUUUCACGGUUGGAAUGCGACGUCGCUACUAAUGAUUUCGAUUAUAGCUUCUCAUCAUCGUGUCAAAAUGGAUGCAGGGUAGGGGUCCUGAAGGGAAACCAACAGAAUUCCUUUCUCAAACCUUGCAAUAAACUUGCUUAACUACAUUACUUGGCGCCAUUGUUGAUAAAUGUUUGGUGGAUUUUCAGUUACCAGCAAUGACUUUACAGGUUCAUUUCACCUGCUGUCCUUGUGACCGAGAUGUUGCUCCUAACACCAAGACAAGACUUUACGUAGAUACACUUUGGCUUUGGGUGAAAUGUAAAUACCAGUUACCCGUUUUCAAAAGAUAACAGAGGAACAGAGAAGAAAAGCAAAUCUCUCCCUAGAUGUGCAGCCAUGGCCGGCGGUUACCUCUCCUCCCCCUCUGUUUUGUUUCGAUGGCGUGCUCUUCUUCAGCUUCCUUGCCAUUGAUCCGCUAGGUUGCUGUAUUGAUAGCGUCUUUGGAAGGCUCGACAUUUUAGCUAGUGUUUUUAAAAAAUGGUUACUCUGUUGGUUCACACUUCACACUUUUUGUU